AUUAACUCAAUAUAAACUACACUUCUUCAAGACAAAGUAAGGGAUGCAAAAAUGUCAUACCAUAUCAUAUACCUUUUUCUUGUUUGCUUUCUAGCUCAUAUUAGUUUCUAGAGAGAAUAUUAUUGAAUGAAAGAGACUAUUCCGACGUUAUUCUCCCUCGAUCUAGUUCUUUUUCUUCGCGAAAAAGAUUUAAUACACGGGUGCACAUACAUACACGACGUGUGAGGGAAUCAGAGAUGGGGAGGAGUCCGUGUUGUGCAAAAGAAGGGAUGAAUAAGGGAUCUUGGACCGCGAUGGAGGACAAUAUUUUGAGUGAGUUUAUUAAGACACACGGCGAAGGAAGGUGGAGAAAUCUUCCCAAAAGGGCAGGUUUGAAGCGAUGUGGGAAGAGUUGUCGAUUGCGUUGGUUGAACUAUCUAAGGCCGGGUAUUAAGAGAGGCAACAUCUCCCCUGAUGAGGAAGAACUCAUCAUAAGACUCCAUAAACUUUUAGGAAAUAGGUGGUCAUUGAUUGCCGGAAGAUUACCAGGUCGAACAGACAAUGAAAUCAAGAAUUAUUGGAAUACCAGUUUGAGCAAGCGAUUGAAUCAACACAAUACUAAUCAAACCGCAAACCACAAUCUAAAAAAACCUCGAAAUGAUGUGAAGAACAAGAAGAAGCUAUUACCAACCAUAGACGACGUACCUAAAAUAUCUACACAAACCAUUGAGUCCAAUGUAGUCCGAACCAAGGCAGUCCGGUGCACCAAAGUCUUCAUCAACCCUCAACCACAACAGAAGAUCAUACGUGCUAACAAAACUACUAAUGUCGCGGUUGAUCAACAAACAAGCUCAAUGGAUUACAAUGUGGAAAAUUUUUGGGUUGAUCAUAAUAUUUCUUCACCAAGACUAUUAGAUGAAGAGUACAAAAUGCCAUCGGAUUUAAUGAUGGAUGUGCCUAACAUGGGAGUAUUUAACCUAAUUUCGGAGCUUCUAAAAUCCGAUUUUUCGGAUAUUUGUGAGCUAAGUAAUGAGUCUAGCAAAGGUGCUAGUGAUUUAUCACCUAGUUCCCCUGAAGAGCCUUUUGUGUUGUCUCAAGAAUUGCUUGAAGAUUGGCUUGGAAAUCAAUAACAAGUUAUGUAACUAGAUAAGUUAACUACUGUGAGUACAUGUUUUUGGACUCUUUCCUAAAAUAGUAGUUUUAUUCUUACUUUUCAACAUUUUCAUUCUCUUUAAAGAUAUUCUGACUGUUUCUUGCACUUGAGUACAAAGGUAAAUCAUGAACGUUGAGAGAA